GCUGUAACGAAUGCAUUCUUUUUGUUAUAGGUAUAGUGAACUUGCGUCCUUUGGUCAAGAUUGUUUGAAAUCGAUACAAGAUACUGUGAAAGACGAUUAUUUGGUUGAUAACCUGAUGAUGGACGGCUUACAAAAUCAAAAUGAUAAUGAUAACCCCUCUACUAAUGAAAACCAUUUUUAUGAUAUUCAACCAAUAUGUUUAGUAAGAGAUAUUAGGAAGGAAGAAAACACAAAAGUUUAUACCGAAUUAAAACCGCUACCAUUAAUUGAUGGAACAAAGGAUGGUAGUCAAAAUGAUACGGAUGUUAAUAAUGAAUGUCACAAAGAAAAAUCGGUUGAUGUUAUAGACGUUUGUCAGCAUAAUAAAGGUUACUAAAUAAAAUAUUAAUUAUUAUAAACAAUUAGACCAAACUUAUACUUUUUAGAUGACACAGUUGACGAUGACUCAGAUUUAGACCCUAGUUAUGACCCACAAGAAUCUGAAGAAAUAAGUUAUGAGACAAAGAAAAAAAGGAGAAUAGCAAAAUUUUUUCAAACUGAAAAUGAAAAAAGUGUAGUUGGCACUGUUAUGGAAAAUGAAGGUUUAGUAGAUAAACAAUUGAAAGAUAUAAACCAGGAAACUCUGCCAGGUAAAAAUGCUUUGUAUUUUGUGUUUCACAUGAAUUAACUAAUAUCUACGUUUUUUAUAGAAGCACAAAUCAGUGAUAAAACCGAUGAAGGAUACGAGAAAAACAGAAAAAAAAAGAGCAAGAACAGCGAAAGAGCAAAUUGAGAGGCAUCUAGAAAAAUAUCAGUUAUUAGAACCAUGUAAUUGUAAAAAAAAAUGUAGAGAAUUUUUAUCAGAAGAAAGAAGACAAAAUAUUUGCCAGUCAUUUUGGAAAAUGAGUUUUGGCGAGAGAAGUCAAUAUUUUAAUGCCAGUAUAAAGAUUGGGGGUAUUAAGAGAAGAAAAGUAGAUAGUGAAAAUAAACGUCAACACGUCCUUACAUACUCGUUGCUCAAGGAUGAUGGUAUUGAAAUGAAUGUGUGUAAGCAAAUGUAUUUACAUACACAUGGAAUGAAAACUGAUGGUAUGAUA